CGUCGUUUAGACUUCGAAUCACGACACCUUUCAUCGAUACAGACAUCCCUAGACCCAACUGGCAGCACAGUUAGGCAACAGACGCUCAACAUCUCACGCCCAGAUCAUCCAUCCCAACUUCACCUUUGCUUUUGCCCCUGGUUGCCUUGCGCUAAACCCGUCCGGGUGCGCUGCCUAACAUCCUCACCAACAUACACGAGCAUCCGUAAACUAGGAAAUGGCAACGACCCAUAGCCAGUGGCCAGCUUCCCAGCCCUCACCCUUCUCCCAGCAUGCUCACACCCCAUCAUUACCAAAAAUGUACGACAUCCCAGACCAACUUUCACCAGCGCAAGUCGAAGCGAUGAAAAUCUUGACGCAUGUUUUGGAGAAACUGAAAGAGCCGGACUCGAAGUACUAUGCGCGGUAUGGCAAGUGGGUUGAGAGGCAUCAGAAACUGGACGACUUUUGCUUUCGGUGUGUUAGACCGCAAGUUUGGACCUUCUUGGGAGGGCGGUGGAGUCUUGAUGGAUUGAAAGCAAUCGGCGGAGAUCUCAGAUUCGAAGGUCGUGGCGUAUACGUGAACGGUGUGCUUGGGUUGGACAAACGGGUACGCACAUACAUAGGACAAGCAUCCUCACUCCGCCAACGCUUCGCUCAGCAUCUUAAUUUUCGUUACCGUCGUGACAACCCUAGUCUGCAUUACCUCGCCAUCCAAAAAAGCAUCUACAACGCUUUCGGUACUCUGGCGCUCUUACCUUCGCCUAGCAUGGGCAAUCACACCUUACCUGGCAUGGACUCUCCCGACUUGUUACUCAACGUGAUCGAAAUGUGGAUGUCUCUUGUGUUCCGCAGCCUGCCUGCUCAAGCUCUCGAAGCCUGGAUACCAAAAGGCGUCGAUGCCGGCCGAAUAGAAGGCAAGGAAGGUGAAUUCGGCGGCCUCAAUAUCGCUGUUCCUCUUGAUCAAGGUGGAGAUCAGAGAGACUGGAUCGACCUCAGCGAGUGCGGUGACACGCUUGUGCUGGAGUACCUGGGCAUUGGGGAGAAGAAGGCCGAAGCCGAGCGGAAGAAACGUAACGACACGCCAAUUGCGAACAGUGAGAUCAAGGAGGAACAAGAUGAAAGUACGCAGACAAAGAAGACCGAUAACGUGGAAGAGGUGUUUGCCGAGAGGAGGAGAAAAUACACGGAAUUGGCUAAGAGACGCAAUCGUAAGAAGUACGCUGAGACUCUAGUGUCACCUGUCACGGUGGUGGCCAUUGGUGUGGCGGUCGUGUUUGGUGUCAUGUUGCUGAGAAGCAAUGGAGGACCGGGGCUGGCACCGAGAGGACGGUUGAGAUAAGGCAAAGGUAUUGGAUACGAACACUUCAUUCAAAACUUCUGUCUCACAUACUCAUCCUGUACAUUGCCAUCCCGCAUACCAAGCAAAGAACAUGGAUUGCAGUAGGAAGUGGGAACAUGACUCAGAAACAAUAAAGAUAACAUUACUCAAACGAUGUUUAGAUUAUCACUACGAUACUCAAAUGACG